AUGGCUGUCACAAGAAACUCCAAUAGAAGAAACACCUCUUCAACCUCUUCAACCUCUUCAACCUCUUCAACAACUAGAGUAACCAAAACCAGAAAACCAGCCAGAAAAACCAAGGCUAAUCCUCGUGUUACAGCAAUUGAAAACAAUAUUUCUGCAUCACAUGCUGCAUCAACAUCUGAAAACACACCAAACUCAACCACUUCAGAAGAAAAUUUUUCAACAAAUGGUGUUCAACAAGCUGCAUUAUCUGCACAAAAUGAAAAUUUUUCUAGUUCAACUGAAACGGACCAUGAGACAAAUGGGUCAAAUCAAAAUCGCACUUUUUUCCCACCACCUGGAUUACCUCAACCAAAUUCAGCACCAUUGUUUCCUCCAGGUUUAUCAGCACCUUCAUCACUUCCACCGGGUUUAUCUAAUAAUACACAACAUGGAACCAAUAGCACAACUUCAAACACUAAUGCUGCUACUAAU